GCAUCCGAUUUUCAGGGAUACAAUACCUUCAACCUAGGUUCCCUUUCCCGUGAAAACCAAACGUGGGAACUCCGCUCAGGCGGAGGUUACUUGAUAACUUUUAUUUUGAAAAUGUGCUGUAUGACUACAUGARCUAGAUGUCGCUGGGUUCACAAUGCUCACGGAUUGUUGGAAAGUGGCUACAAUGGUAAUGCUACGGCCAACUUUUACGAAAACGUGUGGUUUUUAAUGUAGGCCCACGACAAGAUAAUGCUUUCUCUGAGUUCGAGUGGAGUUAGGCCACACGAGGAGAACAUGUAUUUAUAAUGUCGAGGUAGGCAUUCUAUAUCACUACAUUGAUUAGCAUUCAGACUUCAACGAUUGGCCCGUGACAARGUUGUCCAGCGUCUGGUUACAUUAUUGAGACAAUCAUGUUUUAGUAAAGUCACGCGAACUGAUUUUUGCUUCUACGUUUUGGYAGUGAACUCUAGAAACUAGCUUAGUUGAUAAAGCCGACAAAAUUAGUGCCAGCGUGUUCUGAAGUUCUGGCUAGUUCUAGUAGCCAACAGCAGCUUCACCAUGUCGGAGAGGACACCGCUCCUGCACUAUCGUCUCUCCACAAGCGUCAAUGAACAGUCGGGGGAGCAUCAGACAUGUCUGUCUGGGGAGACUGUGGAGCAGUCCCUGGCUUUUUCCAGACUGAAGUCGGCGCACCGCAGCCGUCCCAAAAAACUCUCCACAUUCUUUGGCGUGGUGAUACCCACCUUACUGUCUAUGUUCAGCGUGGUGGUCUUCCUACGAAUUGGUUUCGUGGUGGGCCAGUGUGGGCUGUAUCAGGCCAUAGCCAUGUUCUUAGUGGCCUACUUCAUCAUCAGUAUGACCGUGCUGUCUGUGUGUGCCAUCUCAACCAAUGGAGCUCUGGARGCAGGAGGGGCCUACUACAUGAUAAGUCGUGCGUUGGGGCCAGAGUUUGGGGGCAGUCUAGGUGUUAUGUUCUUCCUGGCUAACGUGUGUAGCAGUGCCCUCUUUAUACUGGGUCUGGUUGAGGCCAUAGUAGCAACUUUCGGGCUUCCAGAAGAUGGGGUGAGCCCAGCGGGUUCCCUCCAGGUGUUGCCAGCGGGGUAUUGGUGGUCGUUGCUCUAUGCCACCGGCAUCCUCCUCCUCUGCCUGCUUGUGUGUCUAGUGGGGGCAGAGAUCUAUGCCAAGGCCUCCUUCCUCAUCUUCCUGGUGGUCAUGCUGGUGCUGGCCACCAUCUUUAUCAGCUUCUUCGCCGUGUGCCCGCGCACCAUCCUCCUGCCUGCCGCCCUGCCCGUUCACAACAACACAGGGCCACAGCCACCCAACAUGGCCAACUUUACCGGCUUUAAACUGGACACACUGCUGGGCAACCUGGAUGCUGACUAUGCUGUGGACUACACAACAGGAACCAUGAUGUCCUUUGCCACGGUGUUUGCGGUCAUGUUUAACGGUUGCACAGGCAUCAUGGCCGGAUCCAACAUGUCAGGUGACCUAAAGAACCCUAGCUACUCUAUCCCUCGAGGAACCAUCACAGCUGUCAUCUUCACCUUCAUCAUCUACAACCUCCUCAGUCUGAUGGUGGCCUGCUCCUGUGACCGUAUUCUCCUCCAGAGGGACUACAGUUUCCUGCGGGACAUUAAUGUGUGGAACCCGUUGGUGACCGUUGGUGUGUACUCCUCCACCAUGUCUGCUGCCAUGAGUAACCUGAUAGGGGCGUCACGCAUCCUCUACGCCCUGGCACGGGACGACCUGUUUGGUGGGUACACUUAUGUCCUCCUCUUUCUCACUAUCCACCUCACCCUCUUAUUUAUCUUUAUAGCUUCUUCUCUCCCUUCUCACUGGCGUUGUUUGGUGUUGUUCACAGGGAAGUUGAACACCAUCGCCAGCAUUGUAACCAUCUUCUUCCUGCUGGUGUACGCAGCUGUGGACCUGGCCUGUCUGGCUCUGGAGUGGGCCUCAGCGCCCAACUUCAGGCCCACCUUCCGUUACUUCACUUGGCACACCUGUGUGCUGGGCAUCGUGGGCUGUGCUAUCAUGAUGUUCCUGAUCAACGCUAUCUACGCCUCAGCCUCCAUCGCCUUCAUGCUGCUACUACUGCUGCUCAUCCACUACCUCAGCCCUACCAGCAGCUGGGGCUAUAUCAGCCAGGCUCUCAUCUUCCACCAGGUGCGUAAGUACCUGUUGAUGUUGGACGUGCGUAAGGACCAUGUGAAGUUCUGGAGACCCCAGCUGUUGCUGAUGGUAUCUAACCCCCGUAGCAGUGUAGGUCUCAUCACCUUCAUCAACGACAUCAAGAAGAGUGGUCUCUAUGUCCUGGGACAUGUACAGCUAGGAGACCUGGACACGUUACCGUACCCUCUCCAGUGUCAUUAUGACUCAUGGUUGUCUCUGGUGGACCACCUCAACAUCAAGGCAUUUGUUAACCUCACCCUGGCUGACUCAGUACGGCACGGAGUCCAACAUCUACUCUUCAUCUCUGGCCUAGGUGGGAUGAGGCCCAACACCUUGGUCCUGGGUUUCUAUGAUGACUGCACUCCCAAAGACAAACUCACUGACCCCGUCCUCGCAGAUGCCACCGUCCUCACUCAGGACRCCGAGGACGAACGCCCGCCCUACCACUUCCCCGCCCUGCGGCCUUCCAAUGAUGGUAUGGGGGAAAACAGAAAAGUCAUGGGACCCCAAGAAUACGUGGCGGUGAUCGCAGACGCCAUGAAGAUGUUGAAGAACGUAGCGCUAGCCCGCUACUUCCACCAGUUCGACCGGGCCUCGACCAUCUCCUCGUCCCCAGGGAAGGGUGCUCUGUACGUGGACGUGUGGCCAGUCAACCUGCUGAGACCAGACAGCUCCAGCUACGUAGACACCUGCUCCCUCUUCCUGCUCCAGCUUGCCUGCYUCCUCAACAUGGUCCGCGCAUGGCGCCAUGCUAGACUCCGCCUCUUUCUAUGUGUGGAGGAAGGGCGGAGCCUGCGAGGCUCUGAGGAAAAGCUGGGUCAGCUGCUGAAGGAACUGAGGAUCAAAGCCAACGUGUACACUGUGCCCUGGGACCAGCAGGUGGCACUACACUGGCAGAGGCAGGGUGAGGUGGGCAAGAGGAGGCCCACCCGCCAGUCACAGAGAGAGGAGGAGGGGCUGGGGAAGAGGGGGUUGUUUGAGGAGAAGGAAGGAGGCGACGGAAACUAUGUGAAUAGCUUCCCUAGCAAUGCCACAAGGCUGUCGGAUGAGUAUCUGUCGGCGGUUAAUAGGUUGAUCCUGGAGCAGGCCUGCCCCCCUCCGGCCGUGCGUUUCCUGUAUUUGCCCCACCCCCCGGCUGACACGCAGCACUACACGGCCUACCUGCGCCAGCUAGACCUGCUCACCAAGGACCUGGGUCCUACCCUGCUCAUACACGGGGUWACACCUGUCCUCACCACUGACCUCUAACACCUGAACUCUCACCAACUGACCCCUGAUUAAACCCUCAUCCCCUUACCAAAUUGCUGCAGGUAMAAGUGCUACUUAGACAAAGCUCAAGGAUCCACUUACCUUCCCCAAAGCUGUACUAKUAUACAAUAUAUAUACAAAAGUAUGUGGACACCCCUUCAAAUAAGUGGAUUUGGCUAUUUCAGCCAUGCCCGUUG